CUCCCGCGCGCCGUCCGUUCCCGGCGUGCCCCGCGRCGCCAUGGCGGACCUGUUCGAGGGGAUCGUGAUGGCCGAGCAGAGGUUCCACGGGGAGGGGUACCAGGAGGGGUAUGCAGAGGGCAGCCAUGCUGGAAUGGCUGAGGGAAGGAGGCAYGGAGCUCUCCACGGAGCCAGGAUGGGCUCAGAGAUUGGCUCCUACCUUGGAUUUGCACUGACGUGGCACUGUCUGCUCCAGAAAUGCACAGAUGAAAAGAACAGCAAAAGGAUAAAGGCGCUGGAUUCAUUAAUAGGGAUGAUUCAGAAAUUCCCRUAUGAAGAUCCCACUUAUGAUAAGCUGCAAGAAGAUCUGGAAAAAAUCAGAGGAAAAUUUAAACAGGUUUGCUCAAUGCUAAAUAUUCAGUCUGAUUUUAGAAUUGGUACUGAGAGAUCUUCACUGACAUUUUGAAUGCAACAGAUGACAUGGGAGGAGGRCAAAUUUCAGAAAAAUCCAGUAUCAUCAUUAUUCCUCGAACUAAUGAGAAAGAAACAAAUGGUGUUAGAGAAAAACAUGGAGAGACGUUUUCAAGACUUGSCUUGUGAUUUGCCUGAAAUUCUGCUUCAACAGAAACAUGGGAGAARGAGAUUCCUGAGGAGAUGUUGAACAGGUUUGCAGAGGGAUUUAAAAAUAGGGAGGGCUGAAUUUAGGUGACUGGAAAGCUGUUUGGGGAUGAAACAACAUUCCACAAACGUGUAGGGCUUUGCAUUGUUUGACUCUGCAGUGCUGUUAAACACUGUCGUGCAGAAGUGAAGGCAGAUGAAAUUUCUUUCACUAAUACUGGAAAAAUAUUAUCCAUAAGGGAAGAACAUUUCUGAUCCUUUGCACUCCAAGGGUCUCCAUGGAAAGAGACACCUAAAAAAUACGUGGCUGAUGGAUGUGUUGUGUAAAAGGAAUAAAAUUAUCAUAGUGAGUGACUGAAACUGCUACAGAAAUACUGAGUCAAACCUACAAAAUGAAUGUAUUACACUUUUAAGAAAUAAUUUUUAUUUAUGAGUARAUAAUUUAUGAUGUCUUCUGCAAAUUUAAUAGCAUACAUUGGCUGAAGGUCUGCUCUUCAUAUUUAAAAUAGCAAAAUUUAAAGAACUGCGACAUGCGGAUGUUCAGGGAGGAAAAAAACCUGUUCAAAAAUCAUACCCUGUAUUUGAACAAUCUGUAGUGAUACAAUCUAAUAAAGGGGAGAAAUAAAACAUCAAAAAGCUCAAUUGCCCGUAGCAGACAGCUUGCCUUCAGAGCAGGGACUUAGGACAGCAGGUCACUGCCUCGGGCUGGCUCAGGGGAGCUGGCGUGAUGCCCUGGUGGUGCUUUCAUGGGUCUGGGGCAAGGCUUUGUCCCUCUGAGCCCAGCUUUCCAGAGACUGAUGGUACAAAUCCCAUCCCAGGCACACAAACAGCACCGUGCUAGCUGCAGUGGGACACCAGGCAUCUCUGGAAUAUGGCUGGUGAGGGGACAGAGCCAUGUGUCACAGGGUUGCUGCCAGRUGGGAUGGGUGAAACAAAACCACUCAGCAACACCCAGAAUCUCAAAGUUACUCAGCAGGGAAAGGUGAGUGGGGAGCAGUUUCCACUGUGUGCUGCUCAUGCUAUAGGCAUGGCUCAGAACUCUGGACUUUUGUUCAUCACCUGGCUCUWGAGGAGGAUUCCUGCUCUGGCCAGCCCAUGUCAGGCUUGGGCUCAGCCUCUGCAWGGCACAAUUCCUCCUUUGGUUCAGCGUUCCUGGUGCUGGUAGAGAUCUGUACCUGGAGCUUGCUCCAGCCCCAGGGGAUUGCCCUCUUAACCAGCUCCUGCCUCAUGUGUCUGUCAGCACAAGCACUCCCAGGCCAUUCUCUUUUUCCACACCUGAGGCCAGUUCCUGGUGGGGAGGAGGCUCCUCUUGCCCUUGGUCACCCACCCCAAAUGUGUUAAAAAUUGUGAGUUUAACAACUGUUGGCUACCAAAGUUCUUGUUUUCCCCCUGUGGUGCAGGUUCUGCUCCAGGCAGGGUGCUCACAGAGUAAAGAUGCUGCCUAUGUGCCUUAUUCCCAAUUUGCCAUGGACAUGAGAUYUUUCUGCCAGUAAUUUCCCCCAGGAAAAUGAUGCCGGUGAAAAGUUAAUGAAUUCCCUGAAACAGGAGACUUUGUAAUACCUGGUCUUCAAAGGACAGGCCUAGGUAGGGCUAUGAGGUGCUAUAGGAUCAGCAAGGAACUAUUUUUGUUUUCACUUUUAAAUGUUUAUCACGUUAAAGAAGCAGAAAGGUCACUUUUACUUUCCUCCUAAAUUUGGACCUACUUGGCUGUAAAGAACAAAAUCAGAAGUCUGGCAAGUCUCACAUUAYCAGUGCAAUCCCAUUGACUAAUCUGCAAUCCCUUCCUCAUUGCUUGGUUGGAAUAUUGUGGGGAACUCAGUCAGAAUCCAGAUGGAGAACUAUGUUGGCCAUGSCAGUGCAAUUACUAUGAUCAAUUAUAUUUGAGGGAUCGUAAAAAUCCCUUGUUUGUCUGAAGAGAUACAUKUCUCAUAAAACAAUGCUGACAGGAAUUCAUUAAAAUGCCAUCAUUUAUAGCUUUACUGCCUUUGUCCCAUUGCUGGAAUCUUUGGAGUAUGUAACCCGUAUGCAUGUGUCAUUCCUACCACUCUU